AAAAAUGGAAGGCUCCCACAAAUCAAACUUCAUCAACUCAAUUCUCUCCAAAGUCGAUCAAAAACAGCUUGUCAGCACAAAAGAACACUCUAAAUUAUACGAUUACUUCGAACAGGACUACUUCCAGAAGACCAGGUACGCUUAUACCACCACAGUCUUGUCAGUACCAGCCAAAAACCUGGAGAUAUCAGUUGUGAGCGAUCAAGACAACCCUGAAGAGCAGCAAGGCUCGUUUUUAGAAGCAAUCAAGAAGUACUACAAUUACGUCAAAUACAUUUAUGGCAGUCAAGGCAGCGAUCUUUACUAUAGAUUCGAUUUUUAUAGAACAAAAGUGAGUUCAGUGGAAUAUGAAGAGAGCAAAGAACAAAUUAAUCCAAAUGAACUGUUUAAAGUUGGAAUGAAGUUCUAUUGUAAUCGCAACAAAUCCCCUAAUUUUGAGACUUUGUUUGCGAAAAGAAAUAUGGUUAUUAUCUCAGUAGAUCCUAGAGACGAGGCUUCUCUAGCCCUAGUUAAUACUUGUAGCAAAGUAUUAGAAACAAAAGCUAUAGAUAUUGCAAGAAAUGAUCCCAUAUUUCCCGAGAUCUUGCUCCCUAAAGAUUAUUACGAGCAAUAUUACAGGAAAAUGGUAAAGAUUGUGGUGAACCGCUGCGACUCCAGCCACAGAAUCGUUGGGACCAACAAGCUGCUGAGAACUGCAAUAAAGUACGGCUUUGGGAUAGUGGAACUCAGCUCAGAGACAGGAGUUAACCUAGAUUUCUUGAUGAAUCACCUCAUAGAAGUACUUAUUCCUGAAGAAGCAGUUGAGAAAAUUGAGACAAUUGAUGUCAAAGACAAUUACCAGAAUAAAGAAAUGAAAGGAGUAUUGGAGAGAUUGAAAGAAAAGUACGGGGACACAAUAGAGAUAAUAACAUAAUAUUUCAAUCUAGUGAA